AUGGAAAUGGAAAAUGUGAGCUUUACCAACACUUUUACCCUGCUGGGCUUCUCAGAGUUUCCGUGGCUGGAGAGGCCCCUCUUUGUAGUUAUCCUGGUCUCCUACCUCCUCACCCUGGUGGGGAACAGCUCCAUCAUCCUUCUCUCCCUGGUGGACACCAGACUCCAGACACCCAUGUACUUCUUCCUGGACAACCUCUCUCUGCUGGACCUUGGUGUCACCUGUACCAUUGUACCCCAGCUGCUGGCCAAUCUUUGGGGACCAGACAAGACCAUUGCCACCUGGGGCUGCAUCACACAAUCCUAUCUCUUUCACUGGACAGCUUGCACUGAAUGUAUCCUGCUGGCCAUGAUGGCCAUUGAUCGGUAUGUGGCCAUCUGCCGGCCCCUCCAGUACACUCUCAUCAUGCAUCCCUGUGUGUGCAUGCAGAUGGCAGCUGCCUCCUGGUUCAGUGGCCUGGCCAAUUCUCUUCUCCAAGCAACACUCACCCUGCAGCUCCACCUCUGUGGACACCACACCCUGGACCACUUCUUCUGUGAGAUACCUGUGCUUAUAAAGCUGGCCUGUGGGGACACCUCUGCUAAUGACCUGGCCCUGGCUAUAGGAGCCAUCCCAUUUGGAACGUUGGCCCCCUUGCUGGUAGUCAUCUCAUACACCUUCAUUGCUAGGGCUAUACUGAAGCUAUCUUCAGCUGAAGGAAGGCACAAGGCACUCAGCACCUGCAGUUCCCACUUGCUGGUGGUCACCAUGUACUUUGGUCCUGCCAUCUACAUGUACCUCCAGCCUUCAGAUAAGAGUUCCCAGGCCAAGUUCAUGUCCUCGUUCUACUGCAUUGUCACACCAGUGCUCAACCCACUCAUAUACACACUGAGAAACAAGGAUGUGAAAAGAGCCUGGAAGGGGAUCCUGCAAUCACUGCAUGGGAUGAAGUCCUAAAUGCCAGAUGCAGGAUAUAAAAUCAACAUUAAAAAGUCAAUAGCUGGGCUAGGGAUGUAGCUCAGUG